CUGUGUCAGUUUAACAGAGGUGAAAAAAAGAGAUUUCACAAAACCACAGGCUCUGUGCCCUCACUCAUGGAGUUUUAUCCGUCGGAUCAUGGGGAGCAUGGUGGAGGUGCUACUGUGGGCCUGGAUUAUCCUGGACUCGGGGGUGUGCUCUGUCUUAAUGCCAGAAAUCACUGAUGGGAAGUUCAUCGACGAAUGUGUGAGGGAGCACAACAAGGCGCGGUCGUCUGUCAGUCCUCCUGCAAGUAACAUGCUGUACAUGACAUGGGAUGAGGGCUUGGCCAUUACUGCAAGAGCAUGGGCAAGGCACUGUGUGUUUGAACAUAACAUCUACCUCAAAGAUGUCCGCCGUGUGCACCCCACCUUCUCCUCUGUAGGAGAGAACCUAUGGACAGGGUACCCACCGUCGUUAUUUAAUGUGACAAGAGCCAUAAAGCGAUGGGUGGAUGAGAAAGACCACUACAACUACCAAACGACGAGUUGCAGUAAGGUCUGUGGCCACUAUACGCAGGUUGUGUGGGGAACCAGCUACAAGGUCGGUUGUGCCGCCCAGCUGUGCAACCGCCAAAUUGAUUCUGUUAUUUUUGUAUGCAACUACGCUCCGGGGGGAAACAUCAAUGGAUGGCAACCGUAUGAAUCUGAAAGUGAAGCCUGCCCUGGAUGUACAGGCAGCUGUGUGGACAGACUCUGCCGAAACAAAGAACGAGAUGCACCGAGAAGAUACAACUGGACCCCAGACUGGGACCCUGCCCUGAGUGCCGCUGGAGCCAACUACGUGGUCAUUCUGGUUGUCCGUCCCAUUGCCCUCAUGUUUACCUUCAUUGCAGCAUAUGCAGUUCACUACUUUUACCCUGAUGUCUUCUGCUAUGAGUAGGACCUCCUGUUCGGACCUGAAGAACAUGGACUGAUUCAGCCAGGGAUGAGAUGAAGAUGUGAGUGUUUAACUCACAUCUUCAUCUCAUCCCAUCUUAUCCCAGGCUAUAGUGUUUUGGUCUGUAGAUUGCUUUCAAACAGAGGCUGUAUUUGCACUGUCAAAACAGCUGGCAAGUGAUGUAUCACAUUACAUCAACUUUUUUUUUUAUGAAUCCUGUCAGUGAUAUUAGUAUCUCACCCACAGUUUCUUCUUUUUUUUAUCGAGAUACAAGUGACAGCCCAAAUCACAGACUGUCCACUGUGCCUUGUUACUCUACAGCACAGUGGUCUACAGUUAUACAGUGACCAUAUUAGGUUAAAGCAGCACUAAUCAAUAUCUGAAUAUGAACCAGCAGGUCAACAGACUGUGUAAUGUGAAAGGUGUCACUUGUAGUAAUUGAUUCAGCCGAACUGCUGUGAUCAGCAUCACAUUCAGCAGGAGCAGGAAGCUGUUUUCAGUGAUAAAGAUCUAAUAACCCCUCUAAUAAAAAUACUUUUAACAAUGGAUAAAUCCCGACCAUACAGAAGGUGGAUGAUUGAAAUCGACAG